GUGCUGCGCUGCGCGGCGCUGCGCUCCUGCCCGGACCGGGCCGGGGCCGCUGGAUGUCGCGUCUCAGCUUCUGCUGCCUGCCGGGCGGGCUCCGGCGGCCGCAGCAAGGUGGGGUAGGAAGACCCUGUGCUAAUCACCCAUAAUCCUCUGGGGGUGUCACCCCUAAAAGCAGCACCCCCACCAUGUUUAACCUAAUGAAGAAAGACAAGGACAAAGAUGGAGGGCGGAAGGAGAAGAAGGAGAAAAAGGAGAAGAAGGAGCGUAUGUCAGCAGCAGAGCUGCGGAGCCUGGAGGAGAUGAGCUUACGACGUGGCUUCUUCAACCUGAACCGCUCUUCCAAGCGUGAAUCUAAGACACGCCUGGAAAUCUCCAACCCCAUCCCCAUCAAGGUGGCCAGCGGCUCUGACCUGCACCUGACUGACAUUGACUCUGACAGCAACCGGGGCAGCAUCAUCCUGGACUCGGGCCACCUGAGCACAGCCAGCUCGAGCGAUGACCUCAAGGGCGAGGAAGGCAGCUUCCGCGGCUCUGUGCUGCAGCGGGCAGCCAAGUUCGGCUCCUUAGCCAAGCAGAACUCCCAGAUAAUUGUCAAGCGCUUCUCUUUCUCUCAGCGUAGCCGGGACGAGAGUGCUUCAGAAACCUCAACCCCCUCAGAGCACUCAGCCGCCCCAUCCCCACAGGUGGAGGUGAGAACUCUGGAGGGUCAGCUGCUGCAGCAUCCUGGCCCUGGCAUCGCUCGGCCAGGGCCCCGGUCCCGAGCCCCUGAGCUGGUGACUAAAAGGUUCCCAGUGGACCUACGCCUGCCCCCUGUGUUACCCUCACCAGCCCCUGCUCUCCGGGAGCUGGAGCUGCAACGCCGGCCUACUGGAGACUUUGGCUUCUCCCUGAGGCGCACGACCACGCUGGAUCGGGGCCUUGAGGGCCAGGCCUAUCGGAGGGUUGUUCACUUUGCUGAGCCUGGUGCAGGCACCAAGGACCUGGCCCUGGGACUGGUGCCAGGUGACCGGCUGGUGGAGAUUAAUGGGCACAAUGUGGAAAGUAAGUCCAGGGAUGAGAUUGUGGAAAUGAUCCGGCAGUCUGGGGACAGUGUGCGGCUCAAGGUGCAAUCCAUCCCAGAGCUCAGCGAGCUGAGCCAGAGCUGGCUGAGGAGCAGCGAGAGACCCCGCAGGGAGCCAGCUGAUGUUAAAGAGGAAGACAAAACUCUGCCAAAGCCUGGCCCUCCUGGCAAGGAGGAAGGGGCUCUAGAGGGCAGCUCAAAGGACGGCAGUGGCCCAUCUAGGAGCCCGCAACCUCCCACCAGCCUGGUGCCCUCAGAGACUUCCCAGAGAGCCAAGAGCCCUACACCUGCACUCACCAUGAAUGGCCCAGGGGCUACCUCAGCAGAAGCCCCGAGCGAGGAGACCCAGGGCCUAUCCCGGAAGCGGGUGGCAAAUGCAGUGAGGAAGGUGGUGAGCAAGGUGCUGCCUGGUGAGGAGCCUGGGAGUGCCAAGGAGCCUCUGGGCAGAGGGGUCAAGUCCCCUGAACACCCGGCUCGAGGCAAGAGGGGAGAAAAGGCAGCCCUGAGCCCCAAGCCCCCACCGCCGCCUCCUCCUCCCCCUGCACCGCCUAAGCCUGAAGCAAAGAAGGAGGCAGCCAAGGAUGAGCUCUCUGUGGGCCUGCGGAGCCUGAUGUCUCGGGCCAAAGGCAAGGACCACAAGCCCCGCAGCAAGCAGUCUCUUGGGAAGGGGGAGAAGCCCUCCGGCCAGGAGCCAGGCACUGAGGGGAAACCAGUCUCCCCAGGGAAAGUGGACUCCCCAGAGAAACCAGGAUCCCCAGCCAAGCCUGAAACUCCAGAGAAGCAGUGUGCCCCAGCCCCACUGGGAGAGCUGGUGGCCCCAGGCUCCACUGGCCCGAAGUCGAACCUCACUGGAGAGCAGCAGUCCAAGUCGCCAGCCCCUGGCAUGCAGCAGGAGGCAGAAGCUGCCCUCAAGGCCCAGCUGACCCCAGCAGAGGAGGCCCACCAGCGGCUUGAGAGGAUCUUCGCAGCUUCUCUGGACCCUGAGGCCGCCUCUCCUGCCCACAGCCAGACAAAGACAGAGGAGCAGAUUGCAGCUGAGGAGGCCUGGUAUGAGACAGAGAAGGUGUGGCUGGUCCAUAAGGAUGGCUUCUCACUUGCCAGUCAGCUCAAAUCGGAGGAACUCAGCUUGCCCGACGGGAAGGUGCGCGUGAAGCUAGACCAUGAUGGAGCCAUCCUGGAUGUGGAUGAAGACGACGUAGAGAAGGCUAAUGCUCCAUCCUGCGACCGCCUGGAAGACCUGGCCUCACUGGUAUACCUCAAUGAGUCCAGCGUCCUCCACACUCUGCGCCAGCGCUAUGGUGCUAGCCUGCUGCACACGUAUGCUGGCCCCAGCCUGCUUGUCCUCAGCCCCCGUGGGGCCCCCGCUGUGUACUCCGAGAAGGUGAUGCACAUGUUCAAGGGGUGCCGGCGGGAGGACAUGGCACCCCACAUCUACGCCGUGGCCCAGACUGCAUACAGGGCGAUGCUGAUGAGCCGUCAGGACCAGUCCAUCAUCCUUCUGGGUAGCAGUGGCAGUGGCAAGACCACCAGCUGCCAGCAUCUGGUGCAAUACCUGGCUACCAUCGCAGGCACCAACGGGAACAAGGUGUUUUCUGUGGAGAAGUGGCAGGCUCUGUACACCCUCCUGGAAGCCUUUGGGAACAGCCCCACUAUCAUGAAUGGCAAUGCCACCCGCUUCUCCCAGAUCCUCUCCCUGGACUUUGACCAAGCUGGCCAGGUGGCCUCGGCCUCCAUUCAGACGAUGCUUUUGGAGAAGCUGCGUGUGGCUCGGCGGCCAGCCGGUGAAGCCACAUUCAACAUCUUCUACUACCUGCUGGCCUGUGGGGAUGGUACCCUCAGGACAGAGCUCCACUUGAACCACUUGGCAGAAAACAAUGUGUUUGGGAUUGUGCCGCUGGCCAAGCCCGAGGAGAAGCAGAAGGCAGCUCAGCAGUUCAGUAAGCUACAGACGGCCAUGAAGGUGCUGGGCAUCUCCCCCGACGAACAGAAGGCCUGCUGGUUCAUCCUGGCUGCCAUCUACCACCUGGGGGCUGCAGGAGCCACCAAAGAAGCUGCUGAAGCUGGACGCAGGCAGUUUGCCCGUCAUGAGUGGGCCCAGAAGGCUGCGUACCUGCUGGGCUGCAGCCUGGAGGAGCUCUCCUCGGCCAUCUUCAAGCACCAGCACAAGGGUGGUACCCUGCAGCGCUCCACCUCCUUCCGCCAGGGCCCCGAGGAGAGCAGUCUGGGAGAUGGCGCAGGUCCCAAACUGAGUGCCCUGGAGUGCUUAGAGGGUAUGGCUUCUGGCCUCUACAGUGAACUCUUCACCCUUCUUAUCUCUCUGGUGAACAGGGCUCUAAAGUCAAGCCAGCACUCGCUCUGCUCUAUGAUGAUUGUGGACACUCCAGGCUUCCAGAACCCUGAGCAGGGUGGGGCGGCCCGCGGAGCCUCCUUUGAGGAGCUGUGCCACAACUAUGCCCAGGACCGGCUGCAGAAGCUUUUCCAUGAGCGCACCUUUGUGCAGGAGUUGGAAAGAUAUAAGGAGGAGAACAUUGAGCUGGCGUUUGAUGACUUGGAGCCAGCCACAGAUGACUCUGUGGCCACUGUGGACCAAGCCUCCCAUCAGUCCCUGGUCCGCUCGCUGGCCCGCACGGACGAGGCAAGGGGCCUGCUGUGGCUAUUGGAAGAGGAGGCGCUGGUGCCAGGGGCCAGUGAGGAUGCGCUCCUGGAGCGCCUUUUCUCCUAUUAUGGCCCCCAGGAAGGUGACAAAAAAGGCCCAAGCCCACUCCUGCGCAGCAGCAAACCACACCAUUUUCUCCUGGGCCACAGUCACGGCACGAACUGGGUAGAGUACAAUGUGGCUGGCUGGCUGAGCUAUACCAAGCAGAACCCGGCCACCCAGAACGCCCCCCGACUCCUGCAGGACUCCCAGAAAAAAAUCAUCAGCAACCUGUUUCUGAGCCGAGCGGGAAGCACCACGGUGCUGUCAGGCUCCAUCGCAGGCCUGGAGGGAGGCUCACAGCUGGCGCUGCGCCGGGCAACCAGCAUGCGGAAGACCUUUACCACAGGCAUGGCGGCUGUCAAGAAGAAGUCACUGUGCAUCCAGAUUAAGCUGCAGGUGGAUGCCCUCAUUGACACCAUCAAGAAGUCAAAGCUGCAUUUUGUGCACUGCUUCCUGCCGGUGGCUGAGGGCUGGGCCGGGGAGCCCCGGGCCGCCGCCUCCCGCCGGGUCAGCAGCAGCAGUGAGUUGGACCUGCCCUCUGGAGACCACUGUGAGGCUGGACUCCUGCAGCUCGACGUGCCCCUGCUCCGUGCCCAGCUCCGUGGCUCCCGCCUGCUUGAUGCCAUGCGCAUGUACCGCCAAGGUUACCCUGACCACAUGGUGUUCUCUGAGUUCCGCCGCCGCUUCGAUGUCCUGGCCCCACACCUGACCAAGAAACACGGGCGCAACUACAUCGUAGUGGAUGAAAGGCGGGCAGUGGAGGAGCUGCUGGAGUCUUUGGACCUGGAGAAGAGCAGCUGCUGCAUGGGCCUGAGCCGGGUGUUCUUCCGGGCAGGCACAUUGGUGAGGCUAGAAGAGCAGCGGGAUGAACAAACCAGCAAGAACUUGACCCUGUUUCAGGCGGCCUGCAGGGGCUACCUUGCCCGUCAGCACUUCAAGAAGAGAAAGAUCCAGGACCUGGCCAUUCGCUGUGUGCAGAAGAACAUCAAGAAGAACAAAGGGGUGAAGGACUGGCCCUGGUGGAAGCUCUUUACCACCGUGAGGCCCCUCGUUGAGGUGCAGCUGUCAGAGGAGCAGAUCCGGAACAGAGACGAGGAGAUCCAGCAGCUGCGGAGCAAGCUCGAGAAGGUGGAGAAGGAGCGGAAUGAGCUGCGACUCAACAGUGACCGGUUGGAGACCCGGAUCUCGGACCUGACAUCGGAGCUGACAGAUGAACGUAACACUGGAGAGUCUGCCUCCCAGCUGCUGGACGCAGAGACAGCGGAGAGACUCCGGGCUGAGAGGGAGAUGAAGGAACUGCAGACCCAGUACGAUGCACUGAAGAAGCAAAUGGAGGUGAUGGAAAUGGAGGUGAUGGAGGCCCGUCUCAUCCGGGCAGCUGAGAUCAACGGGGAAUUGGAUGAUGAUGCAGGUGGCGAGUGGCGCCUGAAGUAUGAGCGAGCUAUGCGGGAAGUGGAUUUCACCAAGAAGCGGCUUCAGCAGGAGUUUGAGGACAAGCUGGAGGUGGAGCAGCAGAACAAGAGGCAGCUGGAGAGGCGGCUCGGGGACCUGCAGGCAGACAGUGAUGAGAGCCAGCGGGCUCUGCAGCAGCUCAAGAAGAAGUGCCAGCGGCUGACGACUGAGCUGCAGGACACCAAGCUGCACCUGGAGGGCCAGCAGGUCCGCAACCAUGAGCUGGAGAAGAAGCAGAGGAGGUUUGAUAGUGAGCUCUCACAGGCGCACGAUGAGGCCCAGCGGGAGAAGCUGCAGCGGGAGAAGCUGCAGCGGGAGAAGGACAUGCUGCUUGCAGAGGCAUUCAGCCUAAAGCAACAAAUGGAGGAAAAAGACAUGGACAUUGCCGGGUUCACCCAGAAGGUUGUCUCACUGGAGGCUGAACUCCAGGAUAUUUCUUCUCAAGAGUCCAAGGAUGAAGCCUCUCUGGCCAAGGUCAAGAAACAGCUCCGGGAUCUGGAGGCCAAGGUCAAAGAUCAGGAAGAGGAGCUGGACGAGCAGGCGGGGACCAUCCAGAUGCUGGAGCAGGCCAAGCUACGUCUAGAGAUGGAGAUGGAACGGAUGAGGCAGACCCAUUCCAAGGAGAUGGAGAGUCGGGAUGAGGAGGUAGAGGAGGCCCGGCAGUCAUGUCAGAAGAAGUUAAAGCAGAUGGAAGUACAGCUAGAGGAGGAAUAUGAGGACAAGCAGAAGGUGCUGCGAGACAAGCGGGAGCUGGAGAGCAAGCUCACGGCACUCAGCGACCAGGUCAACCAGCGGGACUUUGAGUCAGAGAAGCGGCUCCGGAAAGACCUGAAGCGCACCAAGGCCCUGCUGGCAGAUGCCCAGAUCAUGCUGGACCACCUGAAGAACAAUGCACCCAGCAAGAGGGAGAUCGCCCAGCUGAAGAACCAGCUGGAGGAGUCAGAGUUCACCUGUGCAGCAGCUGUAAAAGCACGGAAAGCAAUGGAGGUGGAGAUUGAAGACCUGCACCUGCAGAUUGAUGACAUUGCCAAAGCCAAGACAGCGCUGGAGGAGCAGCUGAGCCGCCUUCAACGUGAGAAGAAUGAGAUCCAGAACCGCCUGGAAGAGGAUCAGGAGGACAUGAAUGAGCUGAUGAAGAAGCACAAAGCAGCUGUAGCUCAGGCCUCCCGGGACCUGGCUCAGAUGAAUGAUCUCCAAGCUCAGCUGGAAGAAGCCAAUAAGGAGAAGCAAGAGCUACAGGAGAAGCUGCAAGCCCUCCAGAGCCAGGUGGAGUUCCUGGAGCAGUCCAUGGUGGAUAAGUCUCUGGUGAGCAGGCAAGAAGCUAAGAUCCGGGAGCUGGAGACACGCCUGGAGUUUGAAAGGACUCAAGUAAAACGACUGGAGAGCCUAGCAGGCCGACUCAAGGAAAACAUGGAAAAGUUAACUGAGGAGCGGGAUCAGCGUAUUGCAGCUGAGAACCGGGAGAAGGAGCAGAACAAGAGGCUCCAGCGGCAGCUCCGGGAUACCAAGGAAGAGAUGGGCGAGCUUGCCAGGAAGGAGGCGGAGGCAAGCCGCAAGAAGCAUGAACUGGAGAUGGACCUGGAAAGCCUGGAGGCUGCUAACCAGAGCCUGCAGGCCGAUCUAAAGCUGGCCUUCAAGCGUAUUGGGGACCUGCAGGCAGCCAUCGAGGAUGAGAUGGAGAGUGAUGAGAAUGAAGACCUCAUCAACAGUGAGGGGGACUCAGAUGUGGACUCGGAGUUGGAGGACAGGGUCGAUGGGGUCAAGUCAUGGUUGUCAAAAAACAAGGGACCUUCCAAGGCAGCUUCUGAUGAUGGCAGCUUGAAGAGUUCCAGCAUUCCUGCCAGGCAGGGCACCUCCAUGGCAGAAAGUCAGCUGAUGGAUGGUGGGGGAGGUCUGGAAAGCGGAGAGGACCAGGCUCUUCUGAGCACUCUGCCCCUACCUGAAGAGGGAGAUGUUGGCCUAGCCAGGCCAUUCCACGCUGACUGGCAGGUUUCAGACCACAGUGCCCUCAGUUCACCAUCACCCUUGACUACAACCAGCAAGUACAAAACCCCACCAGCUACUGGAAGCCCCUUGCCCCUGACCGGUCAGAUGAUGAGCACGACCCUCUCAACAGCACCUCCAGACCCCAAUACUCCCACAACUAUUUGAGUGACAGUGACACAGAGUCCAGGCUGACGGAGACCAACGCAUAGCCAAGGGGAGUAGUCCACAGCCCCUCCCACCCCACAGCCUACUGCUGCCGGGGCGCCUCUCCCAGGAAAUGGAGGAGUGCAGGUCUCCCCCACCUGACUGCUGACCUGCAUGGGAAACACCCAGCCCUCUUCUGACAGGAGGACUUUCCAGGCUCUGGGUGUCUGAAAUCUCCAUGUGGAUGAGGUGGGAGAAAGAGGAGUUUCUGAAAAGAGAACUUUAUGCUCCUCCUUGCCUCCAAAAUGCCACACUCUCGGCUUCUACCCUGGGCCACCUGGGCGAUGGCAGGUGGCAUGGCACUGCAUGGAGCCAGCAAGUUGACCCCCAUCUCAGCUCCCUGCUCAGGGAUGGCGCACAUAUGGCCUACUGGGACAUUCUAGGUUGCUGGGUUCAUGGGGAGGAGCGGGGAGGGGGAGGGCACAGCAAUUCCUUCCCCUUGGUUUUGGAGCGAGGGCUUUCUCUUUUCAGUGCCUGCUGUCUUUUUACUUUUUAAUUUAAACACCCAACCUCUCCAUCACAGCUGCAUCCCCGAGAGUGAGGGGGGGCUGUGUGGCAGCUGGGUAGCCCCUCUCCGGGAAUGACUAGGGGAAUCUCAUUUCCAUCUCUACUUUCCAGAGAGCAGUUCUUUCUCUGUGCAGCUGAAGAUAUUGUGAGCAGAGCUGGGGCCAGGUUCUUUAGGGUCAGCAUAGCGGGGGGCUCUCAGGUGCUUCUGGGUUUGGGAUGAGUGAGCCUAUACAGACCAGGUGCAUAUAUACCAUCUGGAACCCCCAGCCCCGCCCCACCCCUCUUUGUCUCAUCAGUGUAUUAAGUGCAAUGAUCUAUUUAAGAUAAACCCAUUCCACUGACGCCAAUUUGGGGUUUAUCCAAGCACUGCCUCCCUCCCCUUCUGUCCAAGCUGCCUGGAACAUUAAGCUCAACUUGAGAGAGAAGGCUUUGAGUUGAGGGCUUGUGAUCAGAAAAGUUUUGGUCAGUGCUGGUGUGUAUUAGAAGUCCUCACUCUGUGUCCUGAGCCUGUCAUUUAUCUUCUUCCCGUCCCCCAUACACACACUUACCCUAGACAUGAAAACAAGCAGUCUAAAGGUCCCAGAUCCCACCCCAAAAGGUUAUCCCACCAACACCACCAGACUUAGGGGCCCAAGGGAAGUGCCUGGUGCUUCUCCCAUCUGCUCUCCCCCCUUCUCUCCUGCAAUUGGUUUGUACUCAUUGGGCUGUGCUCUCUCUUCCCUUUUACCUGAUGUAUGAAAAUAAAUGUCCUUUUCCUCCGG